GAAUGGCACCCCAAUGCAUCAAUACUGUAGGUGGCAAGGUGUUUGUUGGGGUGUGCUGCAUUUAACAAAGGCUGCAGAGACUUUUAUGUCCACUGCCAGGGGCGGACUGACAACUCAUGGGGACCCCGGGCAAUAGGGGAUCAUGGGGCCCCUGUGUCCUUGCCCAAACUCAAAAAAGCCUAUGAAAAAGGUACCAGGGGCAUCUCAUGGGGCCCCCUACUGACCCCGGGCCCUCAGGCAGUGCCCGAGUUUCCAAAUGGUCAGUCCACCCCUG